AUGGCGAUGGAAACACAAACGACGCAUCAUCUAUUGGAGGUGUUGCAGACGGAGAUUCUAGCGAGAUUACCCUUGAAAACCAUCUUCAGAUUCAAAUCAGUGUGCAAAACAUGGAAAUCAACAAUCGAAACUGUGUAUUUCCGCCGUCUCUUUUUAUCUCUGCACAAAAACUCCUCUUCAUCUUGGUCGCUCUUGGACGGACCAUACGAACUCAUAGGAUUCCAUGGAUGUAAAACAUGGGAUCUUCCAAAUUCUCCAGCUUCACUCAUCCCACCGCCUUUCAAACGCUAUCACACCCAUGAUUUUGACUAUGUGGUUUCUUCCGGUGGAUUGGUUUUGAUCAGAGACGGCUCUGAUAAUGCUUACUGCUACGUGGGCAAUCCAGUUUCACAGGAAUGGGUCAAAAUCCCUCCACCUCCAUCUGAUCCGACAGGUGAUGGUUCUUGUGCGGUUUGUCUGGUGACUCGUUUGGAUGAGGACGGUGUUGUUUUAAGCUUUAUAGUGGUUAGAUUAGACACUGUCCUAGUCCUAUCGACAGAAAAUCAUUUUGGUGCGUUUAUGUAUUCCUCCGAGACAGGGAUCUGGACUUCCAAAGUAGCUCGCUGUCCUUAUUACAUCAGCAACAUGUUUGAUAUCAACCUGAAUGGUACUAUCUACUAUACUUCUUUGACUUUACCUGGAGUAGUCGUAGCUCAUGAUUUCUAUUCUGAAUCUGAACAAUUCCGGGCUGUGCAAUUACCGGACUAUCCGGAUUACAACAAGGACUACAAACGAACCUUGUCUAUAUCAGGAGGCUUUGUCAUGUAUGUCAGAACAUUAGCUAGAUACAAAGAAACUGUUUUGAAGAUUUGGAGGCUAAACAAUGAUGACGACACUUGGCAUCUUUUGUGGGAAGUUGGCUUUUUAGUUAGCGGUAACUAUGUACCCAUGGCAAUGCAUCCAUUUGAUAUUGGUACUGUUUAUAUAUGGAGUCAACGGUAUCAUCAUUUGGUAUCGUGCAACCUGCGGAAAGGAGACUUCACAGUCCUGGGGGAUGCAUCUAAUAAUGGUCACCAAGAUUGUUUCAUUGACCAUUCUUUGUGCAAGAAGAGGGUGGAUAAGAUAUGGCUUCCAAAAUUAUCAUCAAAUUUAUACUUCAACUUUAAUGUUUGUAUCUCGUUUUGUUCAUUCGUGGUCCCACGGUGGAUGGAACCGGUGCCUCGUCCACCUAAAGCUGAGAUGAUAGAUACGACUUCACUACUCUCUUAUGCUACUGCAAAUCUGUAUAAACACAUGAGACAAUAA